GACUUGCAAAGUCGUUUGACAAAUCAUAACCACAUCACUGAAUAUAACACAUGAACAAAUGUCAUCUGUGCCAGCUCACCUGUAGACGCGUUUUUGAGGCUUGUGUCAUCGAAAAUGAAGUUGUACUACGUGCGUUUGCUGUCGAAAUGAAAACCUGUGUCUGUGUGUUAUUAGUGUUAAGUGUGCGACAGACAGUGUCUUGUGAAAUGUCAUCCUCCAAAGAUUUGUGACGCGUCAGCUGUUCAUAACAUGGCUUGUGGAAGUUUGUCAACUGGGAACGAGGAAGCUUUACGUUUCUUGGAUAGUUUGCAAAAUGAUCUGAAGAACUUGUCAAUAGAGACGAGGAAAAAAUUUCCGCAGAUUAAGGAGUCAUGUGAAGAAGGCAUUGCAAAGCUCCGUAAUGCUGCUGCACAUCCUCAGACACCAGUUUACUAUGUCGUGAACCAAAUACUCUAUCCACUGGUUCAGGGAUGUGAGACCAAGGACCCAAAAAUUGUGAAGUUAUGCCUGGGAAUAAUGCAGCGGCUAAUGACUCAGCAGGCUGUUGAUCAAAAAGGAGCAAGAUACAUAACUGAUACUCUUUGGAUGCUAAUGGAAUCUGGGACUGAGGAGGUUAAGGUCUUGCAGAGUGUCACUUUGCUGUUGACUACAAAUACUGUUGUACAUGGUGACACACUUGCAAGGAAUUUGGUUCUUUGUUUUCGUUUACAUUUUACCAAAGAUUCAACAACUAUUAAUACUGCUGGAGCAACUGUUAGACAAUUAGUUUCAUUAGUAUUUGAAAGAGUUGUCGCCGAAGAUGAAGCAUACUAUGAUCGUGACACAGGAGUGCAGAAAGAUAUUAAUUUGGAGGAGCUGAAAGUUCCUAGUAAUGUUGCACCUAAAGGUUUAAGACUAUGUGCUGCUGAUGCAUAUCUAAUGUUUCAGGACCUUGUGCAGCUUGUAAAUGCUGAUCAACCAUAUUGGUUAAUUGGAAUGACUGAGAUGACACGCACAUUUGGCUUGGAACUGCUGGAGUCAGUUCUGACAAAUUUUUCAUCUGUAUUUUACCAGCAUCCAGAAUUCAGUUUCUUGUUAAAGGAAAGAGUGUGUGCAUUGGUUAUAAAAUUGUUUUCCCCAAAUAUAAAGUAUCGAAGUUCUGUACCACAGAGUAUACAACAAGCAACUCCAUUGGACAAGCCGUAUUUUCCAAUAAGCAUGAGACUGCUAAGGGUAGUUUCUAUUCUAAUUCAAAAAUAUCACAGCUUGCUGGUUACAGAAUGUGAAAUAUUCCUAUCACUGAUUGUAAAAUUUCUGGAUCCGGAUAAACCAGCCUGGCAGCGUUCUCUCGCAUUGGAAGUCUUGCAUAAAAUGACUGUUCAGCCAGAAUUACUGAAGUCAUUCUGUGAAUGUUACGACCUUAAAGCACAUGCUACAAAUAUUUUUCAAGACAUUGUUAAUUCACUUGGUGCUUAUGUCCAGUCACUCUUUGUAAAUCCACAGUUAAUGGGCCAAGCAUCUGUGUCAGGUGCAGCAGUGCCUGUUGCUCAGGGCCAGCCGCCUGCACUGCUAGCAGGUAUGCCAGUGGGACCUGGGGUGUCUCCACAGCCCGGAUUCUUCUCUAGAGGAGUAUGGCUCCCUGUUGUAGCUACCUUCUCAAGUGGGCAGGCAAGAGCAACAUACCUUGAAAUGCUGGAUAAAAUAGAACCACCAGUGAUUCCAGAUGGGUAUGGCAUAUCUGUGGCAUAUGCUUGCCUCUUGGAUAUAAUCCGUUCUGUUGCAAUCAUAAUAGAAGGUACACCACCUGCAGUCGAAGAGCAGCCUGCACCAGGAAAGUACAGUGGGUCAGAAGAGGAAAAAGUUCUUCAUUGCCAGCUUAUAAAUUCUAGUUGGUGUGGUCUGCUAGCAGCACUCAGUCCCCUGAUAGAUGCUAGUACUGAUGAAUCUGCUUCCGAAAAUGUCUUAAAGGCGAUACAGACAUUUGCCAGUCUGUGUGGAAUGCUGGAUUUACAGAUACCGAGAGAUGCUUUCAUUACUGCAAUCUGCAAAGCUUCAUUGCCACCGCAUUAUGCACUGACAAUUCUAAAUUCUGCACCACAAGGAGCUGGAUCUGGAAGGGGUCAUUCACGCACUAGCAGCCAGGAUAUGAAUUCCCAGUACAAUGUCAGUGCUUACAAUGAAACUGACUUCAGACAGCAAGUGGUAGCAGUGGGAACUCCACUGCCUACAGCAUCUUUACCCAUUGGUGCCCAGCAGGGUCCAGUCAUGUUGACAGCAAAGAAUCUACAGUGCAUGAGAGCUUUACUGAGUGUAGCUCAUUGUCAUGGAAGUAUAUUAGGCACUUCAUGGCACCUGGUGCUGACAACAUUGCAGCAUCUGGUAUGGAUUUUGGGCCUGAAACCUUCUACAGGUGGUAGUUUGAAAGCUGGCCGAACAACGGCUGAUUCCAAUGCUGUAAUAACAACAGCGGUAAUGGCUGAUUUACCAGUCCUUUCAGCUAUGCUGAGCAGAUUGUUUGAAUCCAGUCAGUAUUUGGAUGAUGUAGCUUUGCAUCACCUUAUUGAUGCACUUUGUAAGCUUUCUCAUGAGGCAAUGGAGCUAGCGUAUUCCAAUCGUGAACCAUCUUUGUUUGCUGUUGCCAAACUUCUGGAAACAGGACUUGUUAAUUUACCUAGAGUGGAAGUGUUGUGGAGACCUCUAACCAAUCAUCUUUUGGAAGUCUGUCAACAUCCUCAUAUUCGGAUGAGGGAGUGGGGAGUUGAAGCUAUUACAUACCUUGUUAAAGCUGCAAUGCAACAUAAAUACCAACCUCCACUAAGAGAGAACCAGAAGCUUCAGACACUCCUCCUUGGACCUCUGUCUGAGCUUUCUUCUGUACCACAUGGCGAUGUUCGGCAGAGACAAUUGGAAUGUGUUCUACAUGUCUUACAUGGGGCUGGAGAAACAUUGUCUCAUGGGUGGCCAUUGGUACUUGGGAUAAUUGGAGCUGUCUCUGAUCAUCAUGGGGAAAACCUUAUAAGAAUAGCUUUCCAGUGUCUCCAGUUAGUUGUAACCGAUUUCUUGCCGGUGAUGCCAUGGAGGUGCUUGCCGCUUUGUGUUGAUACAGCUGCAAAAUUUGGUUCUCAGACUCAAGAACUUAAUAUUUCUUUAACUGCAGUUGGCCUCAUGUGGAACAUUUCUGACUACUUUUUCCAGAACCAAGACAAAUUGUGCCAAUCUUUGACGGGUGAUAAUACCGUAUUUCCAAAUUUUCCUGGAAUAUCAGAUCUACCACACUUUGAUAAAUUGUGGAUGUGCCUUUACUCCAGGCUCGGUGAUCUGUGUGUUGAUUCAAGACCAGCUGUACGCAAGUCAGCUGGACAGACAUUAUUUUCUACAAUAUCAGCUCAUGGAGGUUUGCUGAGUCAGAUUACGUGGCAGUCAAUUGUGUGGCAGGUUUUGUUCCCACUGCUGGACAAUGUCAGGCGACUUUCAAGUUCAGCAAGCAACGAGAAAGUGGAUACAGGAGGAAAUAUUUUAAUCCAUCAUUCUAGAAACACUGCCCAGAAACAGUGGGCAGAAACACAGGUGCUUACAUUAUCAGGAGUAGCAAGGGUUUUCAACACAAAGAGGCAGAUUUUACGUGCUGUUCCUGGUGAUUUUCCUCGUGCCUGGUCACUUCUCCUUGAAUUUAUUGAAAACUCUGCAUUGAGUAAAAAUGAUGAGGUUUCCUUAGCUGCCCUGAAAGCCUUCCAGGAUAUAUUGUAUUGGAACCAAGACAGUGAAGGAAAAUUAGUGACAGUAAAUCAAGCAACUGUAACCAACGAAGAGCCAGAUAUAUGGGAUGUUGCAUGGAAAGUGUGGUGUAAUAUAGGUGCUGAGAGUACAAAAUUAUGUUUUGAUGUGAAAGAGUUCUAUGUUCCUUCACAGCCAUUUCUAACAGCACUGAUACAAAUAUUUCCUGCUGUUUUCCAACACACUAGAGAGAGAUUUUCAACAACAGAUCUUCUGAAACUUUGUGAGAUUCUGCAGAAUGCAGUGGCUAUUCCUGUUUUGGGUGACAUAUCUCCAUUUGUUCUCCCUACUGUUAGUGAUGCUGGGCUCACACAACUUCAAGAAGGUGUUCUUCACUGUAUUGAGCUGCUGAAAAAGGAAGCAUUGACUGGCCAAAAAAAUAUGAAGAAAAUGAUUGCACCAAUAUUUGAUCAGCUUCUAGCUUUUAGCAAAUAUGCUUGCCAACCUCCCGUUUUUGGGAAGGCAGACACAAAGAAUGGAACGCAAGUUAAAGGGGCUGCAAUGGGAGAGUGGAUGGCUGUGAAUUACAUUCCAUUUGGUGAAAAGGCUUUGACUAUGGCCAUAGAGUUGUACAGAAUCACUGCUAGUGAUAUGUCUGUGAUAAAUGCCUGUGUCCUGCACAAAAUUAUUUGUGCAUUACAUGUUCCAUUGUCAAUGAAGUAUAGCUGUCCAUCUCCUACAACAUGGAAGUUAGCGGUCACAGGUUUGUUAACUGUGCUUCAAAUUGGUCUUCCGCUGGCAAGAAAGCAUCGUCAAGAAUUCCAGCAGAUGUGGCCACAGCUUGCUGAAACCUUGGAUAAAUUUUUGUUUCCAACAAGUGCACCAACAUGUGAUCGAUGCCCUGAAGAGCUGCAGGCAGAUGAAGCAGUGGAUUGCAAAGUAAUAGAAUUACUGCGUGAUGAAGUAUUACCUCAUGUUCAUUCUAUUCAGAAAGAGUUUAUUCUUAAAGUGGUCGUCCUGCUAAACAAAGGCUCAAUUCAUUCUGCAAGUAGUCCCAGCUCUGAUUAUGUGGCUGAACCAAAACUAAGAGAAGAAUUUGCAAAAACUUGUUUUGAGACUUUGCUGCAGUUUUCAUUACAAGAUGGUGCUGAUGAAUGUGCUGAGGAAAUAACAGAAGGUGGUGUGGCAGGAAGAUUAGCUGUCACUGCUCUUCUAACAAGGUUCCAAGAAGUACUACACCAGUAUGUUGAAGAUGAAAGGAAGAACGGAAAUUGCCCAUUGCCAAGGUAUAGGUUGUCAGAGAUAUCUUUUGUACUGAAAGCUGUUGGAACUUUGGUAUUAUCACUGAAGAAAGCUCCACCAGGAAAAGUGAAUGAAUCAUCGUGGGAACAACUGAUUGCAUUGUACCCCUAUUUAGUGGACUGCACAACUACAAAAUCAACACAAGUUUCAAGUUCGCUUCGUGAAGCGUUACUGCAGUACGCGGACCUUUUGCAUUCGCCUACAAGAUAUCAUAAUGGUGUAUGAUAGUGUUAUAUUUGUGCUGUUUGUGUGAACUGACACUGAGAUUGUAGCGUUGAUGCCUGCAGCCUAUUUAAGUACAAAGUUAAUUGAGAGACAAUGAACAUACACAUGCGUGCAGCAGCAAGAGCUAUGGACACUGGAAGUGCACAGAGAUUCAGUGGUGCUGCCCCUCUGUCACACACCAAAAAUGGCCGGAUAAAGACUGUAAUCUCAUCUUCUUCCUUCCAUUGAAAAACUAAUGUGAAUGAGAGAGGUGUGGAUGUGAGAUUCAUAUUUAAAAAUGAUGUUAGAGUUCCUGGAUGGUUUUGGGAGAACUUCAACAUUUUAUUUCUCAGGUCCCCACCACUGCUGUUCUACACCCAUAUGUAGUGCUGUGUACUCAUUUCAAUGAGACACUAAAGGGAAAUAUUUCCUUGUCCAUCCUCCCUUUGCCUACUGUUGCAAAAACUGAUGCUAUCAAAGAUGUCACCGUAAUUGCUACAUUGUGAUGUGUACUUUGUCCAACCUGUGUACAGUCACACACUUUUUCUUUGUGACUCGACUCCCUACUUUUCACUAGGCAGGAGACUGGGCACCGAUAUGCCAUUUUCAGUAUUUUUGCUUUUAAUUUCGGAUUUUUCUGAAAAAUGAUAUUAAUCGCAUGAUUUCAGCUUCAUAUAUGAGAAAUUUUAAGUUUUGGUUAUUUCCACAUCUUGUUCUUGUUAACAUUCAGUAAAGAAGAUGGAGCUCACCCCCAAAAUAUCUCUCUCCCUGCAGCACUUCUAUAAAACUGGCCAAGAAAGUGUGUGUGGACUGCAAACUCCACAGAUGAAGCUCAGUACUGGGCAGCUGGUAGCUAGUUCAUUAAUGCCAUUGUGUGUAUCUUUGGAGUUCUAUUUGCUUCAUUUAUUUUAUUACACAUAGAAAAUUACCGAUGAUGGAUUUUGAUCAUGGGAUUUGUGUUAUAUGAAUGUUUUUCUUUCUUUGGAUGCUAUCCAAAUGGUGCUAUUUCCUUGAAUAUUUAGUGACUGUAGUUCUCAUGUUCUCAACAUUGACUGAAGCUCCUUUUAAUAGAACAUACUAUGCUGCCCUGCUGUAUAUCAUUGUUGGAAUAUGAUUAGAACUUUGACACAUUUUUGUCAUCAUGUGUGUUUUAUUACAGCUGACAAACAAUUGUAGCUUUCUUUUCAAGUAACUUAUUACUUACCAAAAGUUAUUACCUUGAGAGGCAGCUUAAAAUGUUACCGUUAUGCUUAAGUUGCACACAUCCCUGUGUGCCACCAGAGGUAUUGUUGCCAUAUCAGUAUUCAGUUGAAGCUAUGAAAUGCAAGUUAAAUUUGUUUUACCUUUCUGUUACCUUGGAUCAUUAAUAACAUUCUUUUUGUUCAUUAUGACUUUUUUCUAUAAAUUAUUUUCCUGUUUAAUCACAAUACAAAGCAGAUCUGCCUGGAAACCAAAUAUAAUGAAAUACUCUUUAGUUGGGGCACCAAAUUAAUCUUUGUGCUAAACAAUAACAGGAUUCUUGUUGGCCCCCCAAUAAGGAAACAGUGUUCUUUGCCUGAAGCUCAAUAGCAUUACUGAAAUAUUAGGUAUCAAGAGAUUCUGCCUCACUAGUAUUUGCGUCAGGGAAAAAGAAUUACGUAAGGUCUUACAUCUUUGAGUGUGAGAGUUUCUGAUGUAAAUAUGUAUCUUUCUUUCUAUGUAUGUUCUGCAAUAUUUUCAUUGUUUCAAAUUUCCUUGUAUUUCAAGUCAUUCCUGUCUACUUCCAGAACUUCAGUAACAGUUUUUUACAAUAUUCAGAUAUCUGCAUCCAUGUUUAUGCAGUUUAUUAGGUUUAAUAGCUUCAUCAUAUUGAAUAUCAUUGUUUUUGGUUUUUUUUGUUGUUGUUGUUGAAAUAUCACAACUUUGUCCAUGAUAUUUGACAGACAUAAUAGUUUCUGUUGUAACAUAAAUGUAAUUUACUGGGUCUGCUCUGAUAACAAGGCAGUGGACACCAUAGAAGUUUCCAAGAUCUUUAUAAAUCACUGUUAUUACUUUGUGAAUUAGUCAUGGCUUUUUCAGGUGUCAUUGAUAAUGUUAGAAGUUCGAAACUUCUGUGUAAUUCUUUUUCAUACAACAGAAAAUUAUGUGAAUUCUGAGGGUGGUUACCACACUCAUUGCUUUCAUUCUUAGAUGUUUUUGUUUCUUCAGUAAUUAUUGUUUUAUUUUUAUCACAGAUGCACCAAACAUUAUUUUAUCAGACCUGUUUGGCUCUUGUUAUUGAACCAUCAUUGUUCUUUUUGUAGUCCAUUUUAUUAUUCGAUAAACAUAAUUUUCUGUUUACAGAAGACUCAUUUUUCAAAAUACUCAAGUAAUUUUACUUGUUUGUUUACUAUUCUCUUUAAGAUUGUUGUUCAAAUUUAUUUGUGAAAUAUGUUUACUAUCUCGUUAUGCAACUUCAAAAUAUCAAACAAAUCACAUUACUUCUAUAGGAUUUUAUGAGGCUAUUGAAUAGAUUGUGUUUAUAUAUACAUUUUAUUGUGCAGGCAUGACUUACCAUAAGUAAUGAGAAUUUUCAAUUGCCAUUUCCUUUGAAAUAUAUAUAUUGUCAGUUAACAGAAUUGUCAUGUAGUGUCAUUAUUUCAUUCCCAAAUCUGGAAAAUAGAAUAGGCAACUGUGAACAUGUUCCACUUCUGAACAGCAGUAGUUCCAUACAUACAUCUCCUCUAAUUCAUAUUUCACAAGUGGCUAGCACACUGUUUUUCCAGUGAUCUGAUUCUAUAUAUAAGAGAUUUUAUGAUCAGAUCAGCAGUUUCAUUUGUUGGGGAGGAAAAUUUUGUAUUAAUUACUACAAAAGCUGUCUGUGUAACUAAAAUGGCAUUAUAUUUAUUGCUGUGGCUCACUGAGUGGUGUAAAUCUAUCUAGUUGCUGUAAUUUCGGCAGCUUGUGUAUCAAGUUUGCCAUGUGUGAUUGUUCAGAGUAACUGACCAUGUAGAGUACAUGUGGAAUAUUGUGUCAUCUGUGUGGACAUCAUGAUGAUAUGAUAGAGAGAAGGGCGCAUAUGGAAACUUGUGGCUUUAGAUAGCUUACUCCUCAUGAAUGGCACCAACAGGAUGCUGGGCAUAGAACACACAAGUCGCCAUCAGUAGGGUAAAUCCUACUGUUAAAACUCUCUUCCACUACUAGCAUUUGAAAGUUACCUUUGAGCCAAAGAUUUUUACAAAAUUGUGGGUUAAUGACGUCAUUCAUGAACUGCAAUACAUUGAUGACUGAAUGGAGCAGCUAGUUCAAUUUUGCAUGGUAUAAGGAAUUUUCAUCACAGUAAAUGUUUGGCUGGUCAUGGGAGGAGAGUUAACUGUGUACAAUUUAUUUUCACAGACUGUGCAGCAAUAUCCUGGGUUAAAUCUCAAACAUCUGCAGUCUCUUCAUGUGCCACUGUUAAUGGUUAUCAGCCCACUGGGUGGGAGUGUUGAGACUACGGCCCUCUUCGUGCUAUUAUCGGAGCGUGGGCCAUAUACCUUCAGUGGAUUUCACCUUCUCUGUGCUUUCUAUUUGUGUAAACAUCUGUAAUAACACAAGUGCAAGUGCUUAUAAAAAAUUUUUAAAAAAAAUUUUCCAUGCAACCCAUGGAUACACUUUUUGCACUAUGCUGAGGAAUAAGAUGAACUCUACUCUUAUAUCUCAGUAUGUCUCAAACACCCUGAAAAUGUGUCACAUUGUUUGGGUUUAAACUAAGGACCAGGCCUCUAUCAACAAUAUGAACCUCAUGGGUCUUCUCAGGUGAAUUAGUAAUAUGACUGUGUUUUGUGGCAGGAGAAGAAAGUUUUAUAGGUCAGUGAAGCCACAGACAAUAAUUUCCAUUUUUUAUUGUUUUCAUGUUUGAAAUUGUCCAUGUCUAACAAAUUCCUGUGUUUCAUUAGUACCAUUUUGGGUUUUGUCAAUGAAGUAUUCAACUAAGAUGAUUUAUUCUGGUCACAAUUUUGGUUUCAGGACACUUUUCCAGGUGUCAUGACGUGUCACACCUGCUUACUGGAAAAGGAAAAAUGGUGUAUACUGUCACAGUUGUGUGCCAUUGUAUGUUAGAUGCAAGUUGGGCAAGGGUGAGGGGUGAAGGUAGCAUAGUAGCUAUCUAAAUGAAUGUGAAUAACUACUGAAAUGAUGCACUGACUGGUGUAUUGUUUAAAUAAUAUUCUGACUGGUUGAUGUACCAAGUAACCAAUUUUUAAUGUCACUUGGAAAUUUACACAAAAAACUUCCUGUCAUUGACAUUUGUUACUGAUUUCCUUUUUACUCUUUAUAUAGCUUUUCAACAACUGUAAUUUCUCUUUAUCAUUAUGUGAAUCACAUUUGACUCUCAAUGUUAAUAAGUGUGUUGUUUGAGGUUUACUGUUUCCUUGAUAAUGAGAUCAGUGGAGAGUGUCAAGAUUAAGAGAUCCUUUCUCUUGUCUUGUAGCACAUGGUUCUUACAGAAUCAUAUGCUCCACAUUGUUACAUAUAUUUGAACUCAGUUCUACACAGAGCAAAACCUAGAAAAAACAUGGAAGUUAUUAAAUACUUUCUAAGCUGUUACUGUCUUACAAUAUUACGUCUUAUCUGUGGUUCAGAAAAUUCAGGAUUGUCACAGAUGCAGAGUCUACAUAUUGAUUGUUAUCCAACAUCUUUGCCUUGUGGGCAUCUCCUACUUGUUAGUGCCAUACAUUUAUGUUAAAUGCCCACAGAUAUCUGGUAAUUUUGAAACAUUUAUGAAUUGGAAUUUUGUAAUACAAAUCUCUAUCUGGGUUGAUUUGGUUUCCCAUUUUCACACAGGAAUGGACAGUUGCAGGCAGGCAGGCAUCAUCACGUGAACAGAGACUGUAUUAUUAUUUCUAAUAAAAAAAAAUAAACUUUGAGCUACAUUCAGCAGUGAAACUCUUUACAAAUUUUUUGGCAACCCUAUGUUAUUAUUAAAGUGUGUCAAUUGUAUGUGCCAUUAUUCACAAGUGCUCUGACCUUUAAAGUGAAUGGAGUGAGUGCAGAAAUAGUUACAAAACAUACUUUUCCAAAUCUUUGUCUAGCUUUAUGAUUUUAAAAAUCAUACAUGGAAGUUACAGUAAGUGUUGUGUGUUGCAGCUCGUAGCACCAUUUUAUACUAAAAAUGUUACUGUAUGUUUAUUUCAUUUUGCUGUUGAGUAUUUCUGUUGUGUGUGAUAAACAAAUAUGAGUACA